AUGUCCAAAAAACACUUUUCCAUGAGAGAUCGUUCCCAUUUAAGAAAGCCAGCGGAGGUAUUGCCAAAUGAAUUCACCACAGAAUACAUCAACGAAGAUCAUAUCGAGUCAUUUGCGAGCGCGCUUGCUGAAGAUCCGAAUCACGACUCGACCGAACACAUUUCAGCAGUGACUGACUUCAUGCCAAUAAAACAGAAGGUUAAAAAACGCGAAGAUGUACCGAGAGGCGUUGAUGGAAUUGCUUAUCAUGUCUUGCGUUUCCCUUUGAUGUUGAUAAUCUUUAUGGUGAUUGGAGUUGAAAUGCUCUUAUAUAUCCUUGUAAGACAAUUCGUCAAUAUCUGGGAAUAUUUUGUUCAAUGGCGCGGAGAAAAAUUUAGACUUCGCGAAAAGCUUCGUGGUGCCACAACCUACAGAGAAUGGAUCGAUGCUGCUAAGAAACUAGACAGGCAUCUUAAAUUCGAUGAAUGGAAAAAUGAGGAACCAUUUGGGUUUUACGAUUUCAAUUUAUUACGUAAAGUCAAUCGAGAUCUUGAAGCAUUUCGUGAGGGUCAAAAACAAAGUCCACAACUUCUAAAGAGUACUUUACAGAAUUGUGUGAAAAGCAAUUUCGGCGGUGUUGAGAAUGUUCGAUUGUAUUCUUACACUUAUUAUGGAACUAAAAAAAUAGUGGAACGAUAUAUUGAUGAAGUGACGGAAUCACUAGAUUUCGUGCGCAAAAGUAAAGCAUUGCCGUUAGAUGAAAAGCGACAUCUUUUUAAGAACGCAUACAAGAAUUACGGCCGAACUGCGCUCUGUCUUAGUGGCGGCGCCGGCUUUGGAUAUUAUCAUCUUGGUGUGGUGAAGGCACUUUUUGACGCCGAUCUUUUGCCAUCGGUCAUCACCGGGACCAGUGCAGGCGGAUUGAUUGCUGCUUUAGUUUGUGUAAGGACUGACGAAGAGUUAGCUCAAAUUUUGAAUCCCGAUUUAUGUUGUCGUAUGACGGCAUGUUCGGAUUCAAUACCUGUUUGGUUUAAAAGAUUCUUGGAGACUGGUGCGCGAUUCGAUGCUCGUGAUUGGGCAAGGAAGGUGCAAUGGUUCACGAGAGGUGGUCUAACCUUUAGGGAAGCCUACGAACGCACCGGAAGAAUCUUGAACAUUUCUGUUAUUCCAUAUGACCCACACUCUCCACCAAAAUUACUGAAUUAUGUUACUGCUCCUGAUUGCGUUAUAUGGAGUGCUGUUAUUGCAUCGGCUGCAGUACCAGGAAUUUUGAAUCCGGUUGUCUUAAUGCAGAAAACAAAGAAUGACAUUUUGAUUCCAUAUAAUUAUGGUCAUAAAUGGAAGGAUGGAUCUUUACGAACCGAUAUUCCUGUCCAGGCUUUACACACUCAUUUCAAUGUCAAAUUUACAAUUGUGUCGCAAGUAAAUCCCCACAUUCAUCUAUUCUUCUAUAGCCCACGUGGAACAGUCGGUCGACCUGUUAGUCAUCGCCAUGGUCGAGGUUGGCGUGGUGGAUUUGUCGCAUCCAGCAUAGAGAAAUACUUGAAAUUAGAUCUGAGCAAGUGGCUAAAGGUGAUACGAGAUUUAGAGCUUUUGCCUAAACUAGCAGAUCAAGACUGGAGUUCAAUAUGGCUUCAAAAAUUUGACGGGAAUGUCACAAUCUGGCCCAAAUCUACCAUAUCAGACUGGUUUUACAUAUUAACAGAUCCGGACGCAGAACGACUAGAGAGAAUGAUCACUACGGGUUUACGCGUGACCUGGCCCAAAUUACACAUGAUAUCAAAUCGGCUACGGAUAGAACGUGCUAUCCUGAAAGGCAGGGAACAAAUUAAACGCGAGUCACAUAAACGUCUUAAACGCACCGAAAUCGAAAAUGAUGUUUACUUAAAUACAGAUAGUGGCGCCAGCAGUACAGCUGUUAGCUCAAGUGGGCAUGACGAAGAGGAAGAAUCAACGAUAGCAAAUAAUAACAAUUAUAAUUUUGAAUAUGACACAUCAAAGAUAGAUUCAUUUUCAAGAGGGCUCUCGGAUCCCUCAAUAUCUUCUUCAGAAGAGACGGAAUCGCUGCAGGCAGCAUCGGACUAUUUAACUUAA